AUGUCAAUAUCAGAGGAGAUAGCCAACAAGUACAAUAUCUUAAAGUAGACUACUUUUGCAGAAUUGAAUUCACUUUUACAGCCUCAUUUUAAGCCCAUUCUUUAUGAAUUAGUAACAAUGAGUAAAUAUCCAAACAUCCGCAGAGCUGGAGAACAGCCACCUAAGCAAGUAUAAUAUGAAAUAUUCUCUGCAAUGAUGAGAUUAUCAGUGGAGCUACUUCACUAUCAAGAUUACUAGGUCUAUGAAAGAGAGCUUGAAGUGGGUGAUUUGAUGAGGAUGGCAGAUAAUGUAGAAAAGCUAUUUGAGUACUUGCCUGUUGAAGAGAUUGAUACACUAAAAUUAGCUUAGAAUUAUAUGGCUGAAUACAGAUUAUUUAUUAGAGAUAAGGAUGAUAAUAAGGAGAGAAUUCAUCUAAAUUAUUUGAAAAGACAAAUUAAAGAUUUGAAUGAGAGAGUUUUUCAUCUUGGCACUGAAAAGUAAUAGUUAGAACAUUAGAUGUAGGACACUUAGAAAUUAUUUGAAAACCAAAUGUCAAUUUUUAGGACACAACAUAUAGAAGAGGUAGAGAGUAUGAAGAAAAUGUAUUUAAAGUAAAUUGAUGAAUUAAGAGAGUAAGGCUUAGGAAGAAUAAUAAAAGAUUAGGAUAAAAUUAGAGCCUUAGGUGAUUCUAUAAUUGAAGAAAUGAAUAAUAGAUCUGACGAUGAGGAAAAAAGUUUAAUACUAGAAGAGCUAAGGAUAAAACUAAAAUAGAUAUUCAUAGAUCAUUUAGACAGUCAUAAAACAUUCAAGGCUAAGGAAUAAAAAUUCGAAGAAAUCAAGUAUAUGGAAUUUGUUACCUACCUUUUAAAUAAAUAUAAGAGUGAUAAUGGUUGGCUAGUUGAAAGGUUGGCAGAUUUAAAUAGAGAUUAUUAGGAUUUACAGAUAAAAUUUGAAGCGCUCUCUAAGAGCAUAAUAAGGCAAACUGGGAAAAAAUAGGUCUAAAUCUCAUUAGACUCAAUUAAAGGCAAAAAUUAACAGAAUCUCUGA